AUGUCGGAGCGCGGUCGGCUCAUUCCCUCACUUGAUGAUGACGGCUACGAUAUGGUAUAUGAAGAAGUAUCUUACAUUGGCGACGAUGGCAAGAGAUACGUCACCAAGUACACCGCAGGACUAGACGGGUACCACGCAGAGGGUGACCAUUUACCAGUCGCUCGAGGUUCCAGAAGUUCCAGAGCCAGCAACCACCAGUUACACAUUAUCUCAAUCUGUUCCAGUGAUUUACGGAUGUAUUUCUUUGGAAUUUUGUGUUUACUGUUGGCAGUAGAAGCUUUGCCAACACCCGAGCAGCUACAUAUCAACGAACCAGCUCCUCCAUCACCAUUAGAACUCAAACCAGACGAGAAAGAUAACAAUGUAGAAGUCUUAGUUGACCCAGUACCACCUGUAGUGGAAGAACCUGGUUACUCAGAUAAAGAAAGCAAGGAAAAGGUUGAUGAGUUUAAGAAGGAAUUGGAGGCUGUAGAAAAACCUAAAGAAGAAGAAAGGGAAGAAAUAGUGGAACAGAAGGAAGGAGAAAAGGAAAAAGAGAAAGAGGUAAAAGACAAAUUUGAAGGCGUUGUUGUAGUUGAAGAGUCUAAUGAUCCAAACGAAAAACCAAAUGACGAGGAACCUAAGGAAGAAAAAAAGGAUGAAGAAUCAAAGGACGAAGAUGUAGAGGAAGGUCCUAUUAUAGUGCAAAUAUUCAAACCUAAACAAUUUUUGGGUGAUAUUUUUUCGCAAUUCUUUCCUGGCUUCCAGUGGCCGCACUUUUCAUUGCCAGAUUUUCUCCGUCCAAGGAAUGCUGAUCCGUUAGAAUUAGAUGAACCUAUCUACAUUGUCAAGGAAUCUGACUUUAGCUGGCCUUACAAAAAGUAA